AAGAGAACCAGGUGGUCGUCCAGGGCUCUCCUGUCCUCUGUGACUUCCAGGACCAGAAGCCCUUUUGCGCCCACCAUGCCUUCUCCACCUACAACGCCCAGCAUGUCUGUGGCAGCCACCGGACCCUCCAUGCCCAAGGCGUCUCCCAAGUCUCCUCCCUCCUUGAAGAGCGUCCAAUCGGCAAUGCCUGCCGGCUCAGUCACGAGCCCCUGCAGCUCCAAGUCCGCCAGGUGGGAAAGCACGAAGACAGACCCUUCCGGCCAGCCCGGCAGCAAGUCCAGAGUCCGCAGCAGGGGGAGGCCGUCCAGCAAGGCCAGCACCGACACCAGGCCCAGCAAAAACAACAAGGCCGGCAGAGUCCGGCACCACCGCCGGAAGGGCACCCACAGCCGGGGCCGGGCCCCUGGCAGAAAGGGAAGACCCUCCGUGAGGUCACCCAGCAGGGCCAGCACUCCCAGCAGGAUGAAGACUCAGGGUGCCAAGCAGGGCACGCCCAGCAAGGUGAGAACUCCUUCCCAGCAAAAGCAGAGCGGGAGGAAGAGUUAUAGCCAGCCUAGAACCAACAGCCGGAGGAGGAGCUACAGCCCACCGGGGACCAAGGACACGGGGAAGAGUCCUAGGCUGGCCAGCAGGGCCAAGAGUUACAGCCCCAUCAGGAUUCUCUUCACGGAGAUAGAGUACAGCCCGUCCUCAUCAUUCAAGAGGGUGAGGAGCUACAGUCAGAUGAUCACCCCUAGCAGGGAACGGGGUUACAACCCAAAUGAAACGUUCGGCGUGGUCAAGAGUUCCAACCAGGACAGCGUAUCCAGCGGCACCCGAAGUCGCAGCCAGUCUAGCACCUCAAGCAGGAGCCAAAGUCACAGCCGAUCUAGAACACCCAGACGGGCAAGAAGUCGCAGUCGGAAGAGGACCCACAGCAGGGUGAGAAGUCAGAGUUGGAAGAGAAAUCAUAGCAGGGCAAGAAGUCGUAACCGGAAGGAAACUCCCAGCCAGACGGGAAGACAUGGCCAGUCUAGAACCCACAGCAAGGGGAAAAGUCAAUACCAACCUAGAAGGGACAAAAGUCACAGCCAGUCCAGAAGCCCCAGCAAGGAGAGGAAUAACAGAAGAUCCAGAAGCUCCAGCAAGGAGAAAGGUCGCAGAAGAUCUAGAAGCCUCAGCAAGGACAGAGGUCACAGACGAUCCAGAAGCCUCAGCAAACAAAGAGAUCACAGCCGAACUAGAACCCCUAGAAAAGAGAGGCAUCACAGCCGAUCCAGAGGCUCCAGCAAAGAACGAGGUCACAGCAGAUCUAAAACCUCCAGCAAGGAAAGCGGUCAUAGCAGAUCUAAAACCUCCGGCAAGGAACGAGAUCACAGCCCAUCUAAAACCUCCAGCAAGGAAAGCGGUCACAGCAGAUCUAAAACCUCCAGCAAGGAAAGCGGUCACAGCCCAUCUAAAACCUCCGGCAAGAAAAGAGGUCACAGCAGAUCUAAAACCUCCAACAAGGAAAGCGGUCACAGCCGAUCUAAAACCUCCAGCAAGGAAAGCGGUCACAGCCGAUCUAAAACCUCCGGCAAGGAAAGAGAUCACAGCAAAACUAGAACCCCUAGAAAAGAGAGACAUCACACCCAAUCUAGAACCCACAGAAAGGAGAGGGGCCGAAGCCGAUCUAGAACCCCCAGAAAGAGGAGCGGUCACAGAGCUGGAACCUCCAGCAAGAGAGCGCACAGCCGGUCUAGCACCCCCAGCAGGGAGAGCCAUCACAGCCGGCCUAGAACCCCCAGCAGUCCCAGCUGGAAGGGAUCCCCGCGCAGGGUGUAAAGUCCCAGUAAGAAGAGAACACCUGGCACGGCAAGGAGCCAAUCCCCGUCAAUACUUCCCAACGCAGCCCCAAUCCCAAGCCAGGAUGACAUUCAGCUCUAAACCACCUCACCUGGAGAGAGGUCCUCGUCGUCGUCUUCCAAGCUGGCAUAG